AUGAGCUGGCCCACCAGUUUAGAAACCGACAUCUGGACAGUUAUCCAUCAGAUCCAUUACUUGUCUGGUGAAAAUAAAAAUACUCGCAGCACUGAAACCUCCGCCACAGGUUUGAAUACAUAUAAUGAUGAUUUGACAGAUCUCGAUGCUGCCUUUCAACUACUGCUAAGUGAUGGGUUCAUGGAUGACCUCCCAAAAACUGUAGUUUGCAUUUUAUCUGAGAGGGUUGAUUGUGGGGUGGAAGCAGAGCUGACAAAGACAGUUUUUCAGGAGUUGGGCCAGCCGCUGCUGUCGUUCUUAUCGUCUCUGAGAUCCCAGACAUGUGCCCCCCUGACUGAUGCAUCAGAUGCAGAUCUUCACAGAUUGGUCAGUGCUUACCUCAGAUUGGGAGAAUCAGGAGCUGCAACAUUGACCAGUUUGCAACAGUUGUUUUUAACCAUUUUUGAAAGUUUCCCUCGAUCUGGGACUUUUGUGAAUGUAGUGGUGGAUGCAGCCAUUACUUAUGUCUCAAAUACCAUAGCAGCAUUAAUCCAAGUACCAAUGGACUAUGUCAAAGUCGCACUGCAGUUUGGAAUAAGAAUUCCAUCUUUAAAUGAAAAAGAGAGCUGUGAGCAAGGAAACCUCAAGCAACUCAUAAUAUGGGGAAUGAACCAUAAUGUGAGCUGGUCCUUCACCAACUCAUUCAUUGACAUCCUUUUGGACACCCUCAUGACUCCAGAACAGUCUUUGUGCACAUAUCCAAGUCCAGAAUGCCAGAAUCCUCCCAACCUCAGACACAGUCUUCCAGAGGCAGACACUUAUAAUAGCCAUGACAUGCUGCUCCGAUGUGAUCGCCAAGAUCUGUCUGAGUUCAAUGAUACACUUUGUGCUGAAAUUCUCUAUGGCUCAAGAGCACCAAUGUCCGCAUCCGUGCUUGUCUUGUGUGAGGCACUCAGCUCGCUCAGUGUCCGGCAAGUUGAGCUUGUAUGGAACAAUAUGUGCUCUGUUAUUCAAGCUUUUGUGACAUCAGACUGCAAUGUUGGAGACACACAAAGGUUUUCUGUUAGCAGCCCCACAUCUCACCGAAAAGCCAGAGAAGCGCCCAACCUCCAACAGCUUGUCUGCAACUACAACAGCUGGUUAGAAAACCAGGUGGUGGAUGCUAUCCUUGUCUCUUUGUGUAGCGACAAUGAACGGGAGGAGUUUGUGAAACAUGUGUGUAAUAAUGCUACACUAAUGAGGAAGUUGGUUUCAGACCGGAUGAACAGUUGGUUGUAUGGAUACUGUGCAAAUUCCACAGCAGACCACAGCUAUCUAGCAGGUCAGUUCUGUCUCUACCAAUUGUGGAUUGAUCAACCUACAGUUUCGGUAGAGUCACACCUUCUGGGGUUCUGUAUGAGCCUGGACAGUCCAAGACUUACAAAGCUUAUUUGUGAGGACACUAGCUUUUUCACGUUGUUAUUCUCCAAUACAGAAAAUGUGCAGUUCAUGCCAAACUGCACCGUUAUGCCAAUUCCACCACAAUUUCCUGGGACGGAUCCACCUUUGUCACAAUCUUGUCACUAUGCAGAGUGGCAAGACGUGAUGCAGAUGACAAUAGAUGUUUUGGCGCAGUGCAUACGCAAUGAUCCAACAGAUUUUGCAGAGAAGGUUUGCGCCAACAGAACCUUUCUUAAUAGACUCUUACGUAAUGAGGAUAAUGUCUGGCUUGAGGAUCACUGCAGCACUGCUUUGAUUUUUCCACCCACUCCGGCUCCAGAAACGUUUCAUAUUUUGGACUGGUGCGACUACCACUCCUGGGUGAAUCGGCUGGUGGACGAUUCAGUGGUCGCUCUAUGUUGGCAGCAGGACCAGCUUACUUUCCAGAAGAAUGUCUGCUUUGAGGCAGCUUUGUUGAGAAAGCUCUUUCAGAACCCUCAGAACAGCUGGCUAAAAACUGUGUGCGUAGAUAAAGAAAUUGAGGAAAUAGAGAGUAUACCACAGGUAUGCAAGUACUCCGAAUGGGCUCACCCCAUCAUUGUUGACAUAACUGAGUUGGCUCUCUGUGCUGAAAGGGACCCAAAAAAUUUUGCCUCCAAAGUCUGCUCCAAUGAGACAGUACUGCAGAACAUGAUGGCUAACCAAGACAACACUUGGUUGAUUAAGUACUGUGCAAACCAUUCAAUUCUGGGUGAGGAUGAAGGAGAAAAGAUAGGAUUCUGCCCUGCAGAAUGGUGCCAGUAUUCCACCUGGAGUACAUCCUUCCCGGACACAGUGCUUUUGACUCUCUGCUGGGAGCAUGAUCAGUCCAACUUUGUCACAUCUAUCUGUUCCAAUCCUAGUCUUCUUUACAUGAUUGAUCAUGAGUGGGUGAGCACCAUGUGUGCAACCUACACCAACCACUCCACCUCUAGUAACAAAACCUCUGAGGAUCUUUGCUUGGCCAAACAAUUGGUCAGGCACUUCAACUGGACUUGUCCCGUUGACUUCACCGCAGCCUGCCAUCCUGGGGCAAGUCAGGACACGGUCAUGCACUUGAUUAUACACUGCUGGGCAGACAGUCUGAGGUCCAGGAUAGAGCAUCUGGUGACUCCAUCUGCAGCAGCAGUGUUGGAGCAAGCAGUCACCACUUCUGUUGUAGUCUUGCUCGCAAUAGAGGAGAUCCAGAACACUUCUCUGCAUGUCACCAAAAACAUACGGAUUAAUGUCCUAGACGCUGUCGUUCGUUAUCUCAAGAGGGAGAACAACUUUGACAAAAAGAGGGUCUUGCUGCAGUGUUUUGGGACACUACUAACUAGCUUGAUGGAGACAGCCAGAGUUGGAACCAAUAAUGUAUCUGUCAUUAUUAAGGAAUACUUCACCAUACCAUUGGCCGGCCUUCAGUCAGUGCUUAGUACUGCUCACAUCACAACUGUCAGGCUGAUCCUCCAAUACUAUGCAACAAACAAGCAUACACUCAAGCUGACUGAUAAGUACUUGUCCACCUUGACAUCCGUGCUGUUCCAGAGCCAUCUUGCAAAGGAUGGAAGUCUCUUUUCAGAGCUGGCUCCUCUUUUGGAGGCGGCCAGUCCCAAUGACAUCAUCAGGAUGCCUUCCCUGCAAAACAACCUUGAUGUGAGGAAAACCAUAAACAGCAACUUAGGCCAGAUGUCUGUGAAUCAGCAGCGGGCCUUUGGAUUGUGGUACAGUAAAAUUUUACCCCCUUCUAGCAUCACUGAAGCUCACCAGUCACUCAUUAGGGAGCAUGGAAAUGUGAUCGCUCACCUGCCGUUCCACACUUUCCGACACCUCUUCCCUGCUCAGCUAUUAGACGGACUGGAUGUAUUGCAACGAAACAACCUGACUUCCUUGAAGCAGGAAUUUGUGGCACAGAGCAUCAUUGGCACCUACAAAAACCUGACUUCUCACGACUUCAUAAGGCUGGGGAGUCUCUCGUGCCUGGCAGAGCCAAGUGACCUCAUGUCUUACAAUGGCAGCGAGGCCUUCAAGGUAAUGUGGGAAGUCAUCAUGAACUGUAGCAACGACGGGCUCACCUUACCGAGUCACUUGACUUCCAGUCUGUUACUGAACAUCCCUGAGUUAAAGAUCCCAUCCUCACUCAGUCCAAAUAAACUGGCAGACAUUGCAAAUCUUCUGCCCUUUGUUGGUGCAACUUUCCUGCUGGACCUCUCCCCCUCACAGCUUCUUGCAGCGCUUCCAGCCCUCAAAGCUGUGUCUUUCAGUCCUGCACAGGCCUCCAUAAUUUUUGACAAGUUGUCAUCUAUCAACACACUGAGCAAUCCAGGAAGCCUGAAGGAGCUCGGUUCUAUCAUCGCAGGAGUAAAGACGGAGACGUUAUUGACACUCACAUCGGACAGGCUGCUGUCAUCGCUACCUGACAUGGCCCAACACUCAUCGGGCCUCCAUCCAGCGCAAGCAAAUGCAAUUGCCACCAAACUAUGGGGCUAUCCAGAGGUGAUCUUCUGGUUGGAUCAUGUUGAUCCACUGCUAUGUUGCACUCCCCUACUUAGUAUCCUGGCAAGAACUCACCUGCUAAUGGACAACAUCUCCAGUUCAGCCACUAAAAAGUGGAAUGUACAGCAGGCUAAAGCAAUACUUAAAAGUAUGUGGAAUACUAAAUCAAACCUUAUCAAAGAUUUCUUGAAUCUUGGGAUGCUGGGCCAGGGCUUGAGCUGCCAAGUCUUACAGCAGCACUUAAGGGCUGAUAACUCACCUGCAGCCUUGAGGAAAAUCUUGGCCCUCCUCAGGCAGCAGCCCAGACCUCUGCACACAUCAUUGAAAAGGUGUGUGAUCGAGGAGGUCUAUAAAUCAGAGUUCUUCUCUGAACUGCUUGAAGAUUUAGGUGUAGAGAUAGCGCUGUAUAUGCCGGUGAGCACUAUAAAACAGUUCCCUUUUGGUCUGAUGGACACUUUGCAGAAAAUGAUAAUUGAGGACCCUGUUCCCUUUUUCAUGAUGUCGAAAAUAGAACAGCAGCUCCUUGUGGACAAGAUGGUGCAGAAGCUGGGCAUGCACACUGGAGUGUAUACGGAAGAGGAGUUCCGUUCCUUGGACAUUAUGGCCACGUUUGUUUCGGAAGAGAUUCUGGUCCAGCUGGAUCGUACGUUCCUCGUGGACAAUCUGGAUUUUCUCCAGACGCUCUGCUACAGUAGCACCAAGAUUGAUAUUGUGGCUCAAAUGCUGAUGGAAGUUGUUGUCUUCGGCCCCGCGGUCGAGAACUGGAACCAGACUACUCUGAGUCAGAUAGGCCGGUUUAUAUUUUUCCUUCCUCAGGACCGUCUACAGGAUAUAUCCUUGGGUUUGAUGACUGCUGGCCGUAUCGAGAAGCUGUUCAUGAGCCAACGUCAAUGGGAACGCAGCCUUGUGGGUCUUCACUGUUUAGAUGAGGCUGAGAAGAGGCGACUUGCUGAAAAGCAGCAGUUUGUCCUUCAGUUCUUUCUAGGUUUCCUAAAGAUAACUUCUCUGUCACCAGCUUCUAUGGUUCCUACCUGUGAGAUUCUGCAUACAACAGCUCCAUUUGCUUGGACUUCAAACAGCCUGACAAGCAUGUCGUCAUCCGCCUUCACCAAUUGUCUGGAGCUGAUCGGCCAUGACCCCUUUCUUACACUUUACCAACGCAGCCAAGUCUUCAAAAAAGUCAAACAAAUGUUCGGCCCGGUUUCUUCCUUCUCCCAGUCCAUCAUCAGUCAGAUGGGCCGAUUGUCACUGGAAAUGUUACCAGAGGAAAUUAGCAUGCUGCGAAUGACUGAGAUGAGUAGCAUUGCCACUAUGGGUGCAAUCAGUGAGUGGAGCAACAAACAGCUGGUUGCACUGUUCACAACAAUGUUGAAUUCCACCAAGCUGAACCCAAGCCAACUGGACUCCAGCACAUUGGUUGCAGUCGGAUACAUUGUGUGUGGAGCCAAAGCUACAGAAAUGAGCUCUUUCAAUGCUGUGGAGUUCAGCAAGGCAGUGCUCUGGCUGGGUCAGCUAAGGCUUGCCUGCUCAGAAGAACAGUUGUCAGCACUUGUUGGCCUGCUUACCCACAGUUUGGCUUUCGGACCCAUCAGUUCAUGGGGAAUGGAGGUCUUCAUUGAGAUUGGAGUUAUUGCAGCUGGUCUCCCAGAUAUAGUCAUGUCAGCCUUGGGAAAGGAGCAAAUAGAUGGAAUAACACCUAUGGCUAUCUCAAUGAUACCGCCUGAUAAAUUUGCUGUUGUGUUCCAUCAGCGACAGAUCAGCAUGUUCUCUCACGAGCAGGCUGGUGCAGUGACAGCGGAGCAAAUCUCAGCUCUGUCAUAUGUUCAGAGGACUGCUCUCUUUAUGGUGCUAAUGCCCUGGGAGGACAGGCAUGUGGACUUCAGAGGGAGAUCACAGGGACUGACGCUGAACCCCAGUUCUCUGUACCUGAUCCUGGCCCUGCUGAUGGUGCUGAUGGUCCAGCCUAACUUGAAAUACCCUGCUACCUGACACUAGUAGCUCCUGCUGGAUCAGGAGGCAUCGACUCACCCACACAAUCAAAUAUAUCCCAUUUAUCUUUGCAAUAGCAUACCCCUUUGAAACAAUCGCGUUAGAAUACAGUAUUUAAUUAAUGCCCAUCCAUUAACACAUUUUUCUAUACCACCUGUUACCAUUAUGAUCGCAGGUGAGCUGAAGUAUGAAAAUGAACAAUCGCUCAACACAAAAAAUGUUACAGAAUUAUUUAAAUACUGCACACAUAUACAAAUAUAAUGCAUGCCUAUCAAUAUUUAUCUAUAGCUUCCUGACUUUGAGAUCAAACAAUUGUAAAUAGACAAAUAUAAGGUCAAGUGAACUUAAAAUACUAUUUUUAAAUGUCAACUUUAUUUAUUAAAAGAAAAAAAAUCAGUUACCUGGCCCUGUGCGUAAAACAAAUCCCCCCGCCCCCUACUUAAAUCAUUUGUGGCUGAUCACAAUUUUUGGUAUAUUUUCACUAAUCACACCUAAGGCUGAUUACCUCCAGACCUGUUCAAUCAAGAAAUAACUUAAACAGAACCAUCCCAGUAAAAUCAAGUCAGACAAAACAGCUACAAAAGCUCCAACAAAAUGUCACAAUCCAAAGAAAUUCCAAAACAGUCUAACAAUAAAGUAGUUAACAUCUGUCAGUCUGUAAAGAGUCAGAAAACUGGCUAAAGAUUAUGGAUUCUAGCAAACUCUACAGAGAGGCAUUAAUCUCAUAGAGAGAAAAAGAUUACACCAAAAGAACAGCAGCGAUUCAUCCAGUGGGCCACUAAGAAUCUUGGGACAACUUCUAAAGAACUGCACGCCUUCUUUGCCUCAGUUAAGUUGAGUGUUCAUGACACAAAAAUGAGGAGACUGGACCAUGGCAGAGUUCCAAGGCGAAAACCACUGAUGAACAAAAUAACAUAAAGGCUCAUUUUACUUUUUCUGAAAAAAAAAUCUGAAUGAUUCCCAAGUCUUUUGGGACAACGUUACUUGGACUGAAAAGAAAGUUUAGAUUUGUUGACGGUGUAUGUCUCGUUAGAUCUGGCGUAAAUGUAGCUCAGCAUUUGAGGAAUAAAUAAAUAAAUCAUAUGCACAGUCAAACAUGUUGAUGGUAGUGUAAUGGCCUUGAGCCCCUUUGCUAAUUCAGGCCCUGGAAAAUUUCCUGUGAUCGACGAAACCAAGAAUUCUGCUAUAACAGAAAAUCCUGGAAGGGAAUGUUCAGCCAUCAGUUUGUGCCAACAAGCUGAAGAACAGUUGAGUUGUGCAGCAGGAUAAUGUUCCAAAAGACACCAGCAAGUCAACUUCUGAAUAAAUUUUUAAAAGGGUUUUGGAGUCGCCUAGUCUUAAAUCGAGGAUUCAAUCAGAUUGAAAUACAAUGGCAUGACCUUAAAAACACCAUUAUUAGGGCUACAUAAUACAUUUUUGGGUGAUCGUCUCAUUCAAGGCACUGUGGUUUGUGUGUGUGUGGGUGUGUGUGUGUGAAAUUUGAAUAUCAUGGAAAAUGUUAUUUAAUCCAUUAAUCCAUUCAAAAGGUUAAACUUUCAAAGAUUGUAGAUUCGGGCCCAUAAUUCAAACAAUUUCAAUUACAACAGUUUAUUUAUUUUUAUGUAAUUUGGGUUUGCAGCUCAUGAAACUCAUGAUAUCAGGAAUUCAAAAAAUUUGAACACUGUGAAGAAUUCACCAUUUCUCAGAUUUUAUAGGGGAAAAAAGUCACAUUAAAUCAAUCAAAAUCUGGUGCUUUCAAAAUGAUAUGUUAAUCUUCAAUACUUGGGUGGGAAUCCCUUUGCUGUAAUCCCUGGCAGGAUGUGCCGUGGCAUUGCGUGAAAGAUAUGGAAGACCAGAUUUCCUCAAUGCUUGCUUUUGUUUUUUCUUUGGUUAGGAGUCUGGGGUUUCUCAUUUUCCUCUUAAUAAUACCUCAGAGAUUUUUAAUGGAGUUUAGAUCCAGCGAGUAGGCUGCCCAAUCAACCACUGUGAUGGAAUGAGCCAUCCAAGCAAGGAAGAUGAAACCUGCAUCUCCAUAAAGACCCUCAGCAGAAGAAAUCAUUAAGUUCUCUAAAACAUUCUGGUUGACUGCUGUGGUGACUGGAUUUAAGAAAGCAGAGUUUACCAACAUCUGCACUGAAUUUUCCACCCCAAAUCAUGACUGACUGGGAAUAUUUCACACUGGACCUCAGGUAGCUCAGAUUCCAUUUUCCAGUCGUCCUCCUCCAAACCCUUGGACCUUAAUUACUGAAUGAAUACUUAAUUUGGAAAAAAAAAAAGAGUACCUCGGACCACUGGCCAACAUUUCUGAGCCAGUUGAUACACUUCCUACCUCAGGUCAGGCUCAGGAGUGACCUGACCCGAGAGACCCGAGUGGUAGCCCAUCAACGGAUCCGUUCGAAUGUGGUGAUAUUCGAAGCUCUGACUCCCGGCUCAUUCCACUUUUUCUGGAUAUCUUCUAGAUAGUUGAAUUAUCUCUGUUUGAUAAUGCGCUGAAGCCCAUAGUCAUCUCUUUUGCUGGCAGCAUCUUCUGUCAACUGUUGUCCUUCCAGUAAAGUAGUGUUUGUAGCGUAGUAUUUAUUUUGGGGGUUUCCUCUGAUACUGAAUUGUAUUAGAAAUAUGUUCUAAUAUCUUGUAACAUUUUCUCAUGCUAAUCAUUUGAAAUCUACUUUAGGUAAGAUGCUAAUCAUUCAAUAUGUCACAAUCUGUGCCUUUACAAUGUUGUAACAAUUAUUACUACUCCUGCUGUCAUAACACAAAUAUGUUCUAAGACAAUCAACAUUAGUAAUAAGUAGGUUAGUUACACAAUUUAAGUAUUUUGGAAAUAUGGCACCUGUAUGUGUACUCAAGUCAAAUAAUUGGAAUGGUAGUUAACUGAAUAAGUGUGUGACAUUUAAUUGCAUUUGUUAAUGAAAUAAAUUGCAUAUUACCUAGGUGUCUUAUUACCAGAGACUUCCAAAGUAUUGUAAUAUCUCUAACUCUGAGUGUAAGGCAUCAAGGGUGGGCCUGGCUCUUGUGACAUCUGUAAAGAUGAAAGAGCAAUUCAAGGGACAUUUUGAGCUUGACCAUUAGUUCCAGUCAGGGAGUCUGUAUGUAGAGUGCUUGGCCGUGAGUUGUAGCUGAACUCGAAGUGAUAAAGCGACUGAAGUGCAUUGGCAACAUCCUUGACCACAUACCAGGGAAUUAAAAUUUGAUGUACAAUUUAUUUUUUAAAAGACAAUUUUACUUUAAUUUGGAAGUAUACAAAAAUGGAGUGUAAUACAUCAAAGAUUAAAGUAACAUCCCUUAACGAGACAAGCCGAA